GAGGGAAGACCGGAAGCCACAGUCGCGUCCCCAUCCUUAGAUUCGCUCCCCCGGGCUGGGAGCGAAGACGGAGGAGGAGGAGGAGGGAGAGGCUGAAUGUUGGCUCCGUAAUAAAGGGGAGCGGCCGCUCCGGAGCCUCCUCCCGGGGCGCCCCCUCAUCCCGCCCGAUCUCUGCACCCCCACUGGCUCCUGGGCGCCUGGCCCCCGCGGACGGCCCGGCAGCGCAGACCUUCGCUGAAGAGACGCGGCCAGUGGCGGGGACUGGCCGGCGGCGUCCGAGGCCCGCGCCCCGCCGCCACCCCCACCCGCUUGCCCGCCGGUCCCUCCGGCCGCCGCCAUGUCCUCCUCCUCAUCCUCUCCCAGGGAGGCGUACGAGGAGGACCGCGAGUACGAGAGCCAGGCCAAGCGCCUUAAGACCGAGGAGGGGGAGAUCGACUACUCUGCUGAGGAAGGCGAGAACCGCCGGGAAGCGACGCCCCGGGGCGGGGGCGAUGGCGGCGGCGGCGGCAGCGGCCGGAGCUUCUCACAGCCGGAGGCAGGUGGAAGUCAUCAUAAAGUUUCUGUUUCACCUGUUGUCCAUGUUCGAGGACUCUGUGAAUCUGUGGUGGAAGCAGACCUUGUGGAGGCCCUGGAGAAAUUUGGGACAAUAUGCUAUGUUAUGAUGAUGCCAUUUAAACGGCAGGCUCUAGUGGAAUUUGAAAACAUAGAUAGUGCCAAAGAAUGUGUGACCUUUGCUGCGGAUGAACCUGUGUACAUUGCUGGUCAACAGGCUUUUUUCAACUAUUCUACGAGCAAAAGGAUCACUCGGCCAGGAAAUACCGAUGAUCCAUCAGGAGGCAACAAAGUUCUUCUGCUAUCAAUUCAGAAUCCUCUUUAUCCAAUUACAGUGGAUGUUUUAUAUACAGUAUGCAACCCUGUUGGAAAAGUACAACGUAUUGUUAUAUUCAAGAGAAAUGGGAUACAAGCAAUGGUUGAGUUUGAAUCAGUCCUUUGUGCCCAGAAAGCUAAAGCAGCACUCAAUGGAGCAGAUAUAUAUGCUGGAUGUUGCACACUAAAAAUCGAAUAUGCAAGGCCAACUCGUCUAAAUGUUAUUAGGAAUGACAAUGACAGUUGGGACUACACUAAACCAUAUUUGGGAAGACGAGAUAGAGGAAAGGGUCGCCAGAGACAAGCCAUUUUGGGAGAACACCCUUCUUCGUUUAGACAUGAUGGCUAUGGCUCCCAUGGUCCAUUAUUGCCUUUACCAAGUCGUUACAGAAUGGGCUCUCGAGAUACACCUGAGCUUGUGGCGUAUCCGUUACCACAGGCUUCUUCCUCUUACAUGCAUGGAGGAAAUCCGUCUGGUUCAGUUGUAAUGGUUAGUGGAUUACAUCAGCUAAAAAUGAAUUGUUCAAGAGUGUUCAACCUAUUCUGCUUAUAUGGAAAUAUUGAAAAGGUAAAGUUUAUGAAGACCAUUCCUGGUACAGCACUGGUAGAAAUGGGUGAUGAGUAUGCUGUAGAAAGAGCUGUCACACACCUUAACAAUGUCAAAUUAUUUGGGAAAAGACUUAAUGUUUGUGUGUCUAAACAACAUUCAGUUGUUCCAAGUCAAAUAUUUGAGCUGGAGGAUGGUACAAGUAGCUACAAAGAUUUUGCAAUGAGCAAAAAUAAUCGCUUCACAAGUGCUGGUCAAGCAUCUAAGAAUAUAAUUCAGCCGCCCUCGUGCGUGCUGCAUUAUUAUAAUGUUCCAUUGUGUGUCACAGAGGAGACCUUCACCAAGUUAUGUAAUGACCAUGAAGUUCUUACAUUCAUCAAAUAUAAAGUGUUUGAUGCAAAACCUUCUGCCAAAACACUUUCUGGGCUGUUAGAAUGGGAAUGCAAAACUGAUGCAGUGGAAGCCCUUACCGCACUUAAUCACUACCAGAUAAGAGUUCCAAAUGGUUCCAAUCCCUACACAUUGAAGCUUUGCUUUUCUACAUCAUCCCAUUUAUAAGAAGAGAAGAGCAUGUUAGAAUUUAUGUUCACCUUUAUUACAGUUUUAAAGCUACACUUCAUUAAAAAAAAUCUAAGAUUGUUGAUCUAAUGUUGCCUUGCUUCCUUUGAUUUAAGAUCCUGUUCUGUAAUAAACAAAUAUUUUGCCUUGAGUAAAUUUGUUGUAAAGUUAAAUAUUGAAUUGUUUUCAUUUUAAAAUAGAAUAUCAUAAUGUAGACUAUCUACAGCUUCCUUGUAGAUUACUCAAAUAUAUGAUUUCUAAUCUUAUUAUUUUUCUUCCACAGUGAAAAUAUAUUUGCAUUCUUAAUGCUAACUAUCUGCAAGUAUUUUUCCAUUGUGUAUGAGAUUAAUGCAGGUGAAAGUAUUGCAUUUUAAUAUAGAAUUCCUAUUAUAUGUUUAGAUGUUUACGUAUGUUGCAGUUAUUCAUAUUAAACAUAACUUGUAUUUAUUAAGUAUUUUAAUCAAGUUUGAGAAUAACAUUGCACAUAAUGAAUUUUAAGUACUAAAGAUUUAGCUGAUUUUAUAUUUCUGAAAGGCUAACAGACAUGGGUACACUUGUACAGUAUGCACUCAAACUUAUUUAAAUUGGUGUAAUUUUUUUUUUUUUUAAGUCAUUGUCCAUUUGUAUUGACAUGCCUCUGUUUCUAGUUCCAGUUUGGAGAUUUUAUAAAGUUACAACAAUGA